AUGUGUAAGUGUGUUUGAUAAUACAUAAAGUAAUAUCGGACAUAUAUCCUACCUUUUUAAUAUUCAAUGUGUUAUUGAUAAAAAUAGUGGUCAGAGGGAGCUAAAACUGCAGAUAGACUGGCAUCUCUUUCGCCUAACCGGUUGCUAGCAUGCCAAUGGUUGUUACUAGACGCUCAAAAUAGCAACCAGAAGUCAUUAGCUUAGUGUGGUGGCGGACAGCAUCAAUAACCUGGUUCAUGCAACUUUAGAGGAUCGCAUGGGAAACGAGUAUGAGGAACAUUAUUAUGCUGUCCCUGCUCCUGAUCACCACGCAACACAAGGCGUCUGCAUCUAAAAGUGUCACAGCAAGUCUCAAAGCCAAGUGGCAGACGACACCCUUUCUUUUGGAGACAAGUGAGUUUAUCGGAGAGGACAACAAUGAGAAAUUCUGGCAGUUUGUUGACACCGUGAAGGAGCUCACUGUGUACAAGCAAGGAGAGUCUGUCCGCUCAUACUACAAUUUAAUAAUCAAGAAAGCCAACCAGUUCCUGACGGAUCUUCAAGUGAGCCUGCUGAAAUACGCUCUCUCUUUGCGCUUUUACUCACCAGCUGUUCACGCUUUCCAGCAGAUAGCCAGCCAUGAACCUCCUCCGAAGGCCUGUACCGCCUUUGUCUCCAUUCAUAGUCAACAUAGCUGCAACACAAAAGACAUAAAGAAGCUCCUAAAGUCAGCUGCAGGCAGGCCCAAGCCGUAUUUGUACAAGAGUGAUCACAUAUAUCCAGGUGCUAAUAAAACAGAUGUUCCCGUCGCAAUCCUGUACGCCGAGAUCGGAACCAAGAAGUUCAGCACCUUUCACACCGUGCUGUCAGAGAAGGCUGAUGGGGGUGCUCUUACAUACGUACUGCGGCAUUUUGUGGCGAACCCAAAGCAGCAGAUGAUGCUUUUGUCUGGCUAUGGCGUGGAGUUAGCCAUCAAAAGCACAGAAUACAAAGCAGUCGACGACACCAAAGUCAAAGACUCCAAGACAAUCAUUAAUGCAGAGGAUGAUGAAAAUGAUGAAGUCCAAGGAUUCUUUUUUGGAACGUUAAAGAACUUUCACCCUGAUCUCCAAGAUCAGCUUGGUGAACUUCGCAAGCAUCUUGUGGAUAGCACCAAUGACAUGGCCCCUCUCAAAGUGUGGGAGCUACAAGACCUAAGCUUCCAAGCGGCUGCUAGAAUCCUGUCUGUGCCAAAGUUUGAUGUUUUGAAGCUCAUGCGAGACCUCAGUCAAAAUUUUCCAGCGAAGGCAAGAUCACUGACAAGAGUGGCCGUAAAGAAGGAGAUGAGAAAAGAAAUUGAGGAGAACCAAAAGCAUCUCAGUGAGACAAUUGGUGUUCAUCCAGGAGACGGAGAGCUCUUUAUCAACGGUCUGCAUAUUGAUCUAGACAUUCACAACCCUUUCAGCAUUUUAGAGAUCCUCAGAGGCGAGGCCAGGGUAUUGGAGGGUCUUCACAACUUAGGUGUAAAAGGAGGAGAGCAUCAGAGCACACUGCUGAAAUUACCUGUGAACCACGUGGCGGACAGCUAUGCCUUGGAUAUCAGACAUCCAGCUAUAAUGUGGAUGAAUGACGUUGAGAAUGAUCCAGUGUACAGCAGCUGGCCAGCAGGUGUACAAGAGCUGUUGAGAACCACCUUUCCGGGAGUCAUCCGACAGAUCAGACGGAAUCUUUUCAACUUGGUGCUAUUCCUUGAUCCGAAAGAGGAGAAAAGUGUUGAGCUGGUGAAACUUGCCCAACUCUUCUAUAAACACAAGAUCCCCCUGAGAAUUGGAUAUGUGUUUGUUGUCAACGGUGAAGAUGAGAUUGAUGGCUUCUCGGAUGCCGGGGUCGGCUUUUACCGACUUCUGAAUUACAUCACAGACGAGUAUGAUUUAUCCCAGGCGUUGAUAUCCAUGGCUUCAUUGUACAACAGACUCGAUGAAGGGGAGACAUUGACGACUGACACAAUUUCUGCCUUCUUGAAGAGUAAAUUCCCUAAAGCCAACGCUGAAAGGAUCCUAGGUGCAGAAUCGGAAUAUGAUGCCAAAAGGAAGGACGGUGCCCUCUUCUAUAGAAAGAGUGGCCUAGGUGCCCUUCCUUUGGCUUUAUUUAAUGGAGUCCCCCUAAGUUCAGAUGAGAUGGAACCGAAUGAGCUUGAGAGCGUCAUCUUGCAGCGCAUCAUGGACUCCACCACUGCCUUCCAGAGAGCUGUUUUUAUGGGUGAGCUGACGGAGGGGACAGAUGUGGUGGAUUACUUAAUGGAGCAGGCUAAUGUAGUACUUAGAAUGAAUCCAUUUAUUCUAAAUACGGACCGGAAGUACCUGGACUUCACUGCCACACCAGUUGUCGAUGACUGGGAUGACACAACUAUGUUUUCAUUCCUGGACUCCAAAGACAAGACCGCUGUGAUGGCGAAGAAAAUGAAAUACUUUACAAAUUAUGAUGAGGAUGGGAUGAGUGCUGUCACCAUGUGGAUUGUAGGAGAUUUUGAGAAAGCAUCCGGAAGAAAAAUGUUGCUUGGUGCUCUCAAACAUCUGAUAGCCAGCCCUGGAGUGCGUGUGGGGGUGAUAGAUAAUCCCAGUGGAAGGCCCAGCGAAGAUAACACGGUUCUGUACAGGGCAAUCUGGGCUUCUCUCCUCACCCAGAAGAAUAAAGCUGCAGCUGAGUUUGUGCGAAAACUUCUGAGGGAGCAAAGUAACCAACUCCUCCAGCAGGGGUCCAAGAUGAAGGACCUGCUGCUGCAGGACAUGGAUACAGAUGCCUUUGAGAAGAAGUUCAACACUCUUGAAGUGAAUUUUGUCCGCAGUCAGCAACUCUUCUGCCGGGACGUCCUAAAACUGAGUGGCGGACAGGGGGCAGUCAUCAGCAAUGGCAGGAUCCUUGGGCCACUCGAGGAGCAAGAGGAAUUCACUGAGGAGGAUUUCCAGUUGCUGGAAAAGAUUACUCGAAGCGGCUCUGCAGACAAAGUCAAAGCCCAAGUUAAACUGAUGAAAAUGAAGCCAAAGCACGCCAGUGACCUGGUCAUGAAGGUUGAUACCCUCCUAACUGCAGCCCCCAAGGGAGAAGUCAGAAGGGAUGUGAACUUUCUCCAAAACAUUCACAGUGUGCUCCAGCUCUUGCCACGUGAAAACGAAGUGUUCUAUGAUGUGGUGGCCAUUGUUGACCCACUUACCAGAGCGGCACAGAAGCUGUCCACUCUGCUAAUUGUGCUCAGUCAAGUGGUCAACUUAAAGCUGCGGUUGUUCAUGAAUUGCAGGGCCAAGUUGUCCGAGAUGCCCCUCAAGAGCUUUUACUCCUUUGUGUUAGAGUCUGACGUCACCUUCUUAGCCAAUGACACUGUGUCUGCUGGCCCUGUGGCCCGCUUCAUAGAGCUCCCAGAAUCUCCUCUACUCACCCUCAAUAUGAUCACACCUGAGGGCUGGAUGGUGCAGGCCCUGCGCAGCCCCUACGACUUGGAUAACAUUCACCUCCAGGAGGUGAGCGGGGCUGUAACCGCAGAGUAUGAGCUGGAGCACAUCUUGCUGGAGGGUCACUGCUUUGACCUGUCAACUGGCCAGCCUCCUCGUGGUCUGCAGUUUACCUUGGGCAUGAGUCGAGACCUGCUCAUGUAUGACACCAUCGUUAUGGCUAACCUGGGGUAUUUUCAGCUGAAAGCCAAUCCGGGUGCCUGGACGCUACGACUGCGUAAAGGACGAUCGGAGGACAUCUACCAGAUUAUUUCUCAUGAUGGAACCGAUUCCCCAGCAGACGCAGGUGAUGUCAGUGUGUUGCUGAACAGCUUUCACAGUAAGAUCAUUAAAGUCAGGGUUCAAAAAAAAGCAGACAAGAUGAAUGAAGAUCUUUUAAGUGAAACGAGUGAAAACAAAGGCCUGUGGGACUCAAUAGCAAGGAGAUCUUAUGCAUCCCCGGGAUCCAGACUACAUUAUUAUGCUGUAAGAGCUAGUCUUGCAAAAAAUAUGUGCUUCUGUAGCACCAGUUCCAUUGGCAGCAAAACAGGCCCAGAGCAUUAUACUACCACCACCAUGCUUGAUGGUAGAUUUGGUGUUCCUGGGAUUAAAAACAUCGCAGGAGGAGGCUCCAAGAAGAACGAUGAAGAAAAGGAGAAAGACAAUGUUCUAAACAUAUUUUCAGUCGCCUCUGGUCAUCUGUACGAGCGCUUUCUGAGGAUCAUGAUGCUGUCUGUCCUUCGCCAUACCAAAGUGCCUGUCAAGUUCUGGUUUCUCAAGAAUUACCUCUCCCCCUCAUUCAAGGAAACCAUCCCCUACAUGGCGCAGUCAUACGGUUUUAAGUAUGAACUUGUGCAGUACAAUUGGCCACGUUGGCUCCGCCAGCAGACCGAGAAGCAGCGCAUCAUUUGGGGCUACAAGAUCCUCUUCCUGGAUGUUCUCUUCCCCUUGGCUGUAGACAAGAUCAUCUUUGUGGACGCCGACCAGAUAGUACGGGCUGAUCUGAAGGAGCUGCGAGAUCUGGACCUGGAGGGCGCGCCUUACGGAUACACACCUUUUUGUGACAGCCGCAAAGAGAUGGACGGCUAUCGAUUCUGGAAAAGCGGCUACUGGGCAUCGCAUUUGGGACACAGGAAGUACCACAUCAGCGCGCUGUACGUGGUCGACCUGAAGAAGUUCCGCAAGAUCGCGGCGGGGGACAGACUGCGAGGCCAGUACCAAGCGCUGAGCCAGGACCCCAACAGUCUGUCAAACCUGGACCAGGACCUGCCCAACAACAUGAUCCACCAGGUGGCCAUCAAGUCUCUUCCUCAGGAGUGGCUGUGGUGCGAGACCUGGUGUGACGACGCCUCCAAAGUCUCGGCAAAAACCAUCGACCUGUGCAAUAACCCCAAGACCAAAGAGCCCAAACUGACGGCGGCGGCGAGGAUUGUGCCCGAGUGGCUCGGCUACGACAACGAGAUCAAACAUCUGCUGAAGACAAUCCAGGAAGACACCACGACAAAGGGGACGACGCCAUCGCAACAAAGUAAAGGACACAAGCGUGAUGAACUUUAGCGUAACAGAAUCUUCGCCUGAUGCCUCAGGGUUUUUUUGUCAAGAGACAAACUGAAAGCAUUAAGAAGGACAACAGGAUUUUUUUGUUAGCAUCAAAUGCGCUAUUGAUGCAAAUUUGAACAUUUUUCAAACCUUUAUUAUGAUUUUUGAUGAAGUGAACCUCGUGACUGAACUUUUGCCAAAUCUCUGGGAGAACAAGCAGGAUGCGUCCAUCCUUUGGUCAUCAAUAAAUUAUUCCGUGAGUU